ACCAGGCAACACCAAACAAACACAGCUCUGAUGCAGGACAUUGGGAGCUGCGCGUCACUCGUGCUGCUUUUAAUUUGGUUCAAAAUCCGCUUUUAACACCUCAUUGUUCUUGCACCUGUUGUUCAAGUGUAAGAAAAUGAGCUCCGAGGUUUUAGUGUCAAGGCCGCACUAUGACAGCAGGGCUGUGGCUCUGCGGGGGCCGGACAAAGAGCCCCCAGUGAGGCCGGAGCUCCCGCAGCCGUCCUCGGGCUCGGCCACCGCCGGGUACCGCUCCGCUAAAUACCGCCCGUCCGAGUGGUUCUACAACUACCACAGUAUCCUCCAGCGGGCCGGUACCGACGGCCAAACGGCCAGGAGCGUCCAGCGAGAGUCCAAGGUUCUCUACCAGGAUACCGAGGCGGACACGCUGAAGAACCAGGCCGACGGAACACGUCUCCUGGGAGAGAGACUGCAGGAGAUCCACCACUGGAAGUCUGAGCUGCAGCGGCACAUCGACCAGCUGCGGGCCGACACCGAGGCCCUGCUGGCGCUAAAGAAGAGGCUGGAGAAGGCGCUGGACGCCUCCGAGGCUCCGUACGCCAUCGCCACCGACAACCUGACCUGCAGGGCCAGAAGACUGGGGCCAGACCUGGUCCGGGACUCUGUGGAAGAGGAGCUGUUACAGGAGGUGGACUUGAUCCGGAGCGUCCAGGCUCUUCUGAAGAGGACUACAGCUCAGGUUGUCUGUCAGAUCAAGAUGAACAGAGAGGCCAAGCAGACGUUGGAGUUGGACUGGUCCGAUAAGUACCAGGCCUACAACUUAGAUGACCACAGUGGAAGAUACAGUAACAUGAGCCCAGAUACACAGCACCACCCCAGCUCCGCCACCUUGCAGGACCAGGUGUGUAACUGCACAUCUUGGACACAGUUUACACAAGACAACCUGACCAAGGCGAUGCAGGAGGAACAGGCCACCAACAGUCUCAGACUGCUGGUGGAGCGAGUGCUGCACGACACCACGGAGGAUCUGAGAGUCCAGUGCUCCAGAGUGGACCAAGCCUUCAGCCAGCGCUGUGUGCAGCUGAUAGAGGCCAAGACCCUGCUGGAGAUCAAGCUCCCCCAGAUCUUGGAGCAGAUUGCGGCUCAGGAGAGGAACAUUGUAGCUCUCCAGCAGGCCAUCCACAACAAAGAGGCUCCACUGAGAGUCGCUCAGUCCAGACUUUACCUGCGCUCCCUCAGACCCAACAUGGAGCUCUGCAGAGACCAACCCCAGCUCAGUUUGGAAGGGGAGGUGAGGCAGCUUGAUGCCACGCUGGCGUCUCUGCACCAGCAGCUGAGCGAGGCCAGAGGCUCCCUGUCGCACCUGGAGGAGUCCCGCAUCACUCUUGAGAAGGACAUAAACUGUAAAACUCACUCGCUGUUCAUCGAGAGGGACAAGUGUAUGACCCACCGCAAACGGUACCCAACAGUAUCCACACUGUCAGGAUACUGAAGACAGCGACUCAGCGUUUGUUUUGGAAUUUGUUUUGGAUUUGCUGUUUUAAAAGUCAAAAUCCCAGAUUGGUUUGUCUCUUUGCUGUGAUGUGUGGUGGUGUAAUUUUCAAGUUCAUCAAAUUAUUAGAAGCUGACAACCACUGACAGGGUGAUUUCCUCAUUUUCAUACCCCCCUAUAUGUAUAUGGAGGAAACACUACCCUUACAUUUGAUCAAACAAUGAGAAGGUUGGACAAUAUGAAUAUGUGCUGAUUGGCAGUUAGUUGAAACAAUACAAGCAGUAAGAAAAUGUGACCCUAAAAUACAUAGCCUGACCUCAGUUGGAUGCACUGUUCAAAUUGUUUCACCGGGGUUGUAUUUGAUUCCAGUAGAGAUCUUCCUCUGCAGUGAAGUCUUUUUUUACGUAGUCUUCAACUUCCAUAUUUCAGAGGCGCAAGUUACGAUUAUCAUACUAAAAUCUGCUAAAAGAAAUAGAAGAGAAACUGCUUAUUUACUCAUGUGAUAUCAGUGGCACACGUCAUAAUCUCAUGAGCAGUCAUGGGUGCAAUACAAUUAAAAUAAUGUGAUUAUUUAUCUGCA